UUUUAACGAUCGAUCGACACGAAGCAGCUCGAUCGAGAAGGUUACCAUGCACUAGAACAAGAGUUUGAAGCGUGCUCCUCCAACGUGACGCUGCAUGCAUAUAUAUAUACACACGCCCAUCACCAACAUGGCUUCCACCUCAAUUCGUGCUCCGGCCAAGCUGCACAGAACGCACGAUCUCCAAACACACGACGGCAAGCACAGCAGUGUGGGUAACAUGCAUCCAAUGGCUCACCUCCUCCUCGCCGCCGCAGCCGCACUCCUGCUCUCGGCUGCACCGGCGGCCAGAGCUCAAGAAGCCGACGACCAGAAGAAGUUCAGCUACGUCGCCGGCGCGAAGAACGGGCCGGAGAACUGGAGCAAGCUCAACGCGAGCUGGGCCAAGUGCAACACGGGCGACCGGCAGUCGCCCAUCGACCUCGCCACCGGGCGCGCCAAGCCGAUGCGCAGCCUCGGCUACCUCGACUACUCCUACCGCCCCUCCCCAGCCAACGUCGUCAACCGCGGCCACGACAUCGAGGUGAAGUUCACCGGAAACGCCGGGAGACUGGUGAUCGGCGGCAGGGCGUACCAGCUCCAGCAGCUGCACUGGCACACGCCCUCCGAGCACACCGCCGACGGCCGCAGGUAUGACAUGGAGCUGCACCUGGUACACGACGACGGCAACGACAACAUCGCGGUGAUUGGCAUUUUCUACGUAAUCGGCAACGCCGAUCCCCUCCUGCGCCAGCUGGAGCCAGCCAUUAGGAAGAUUGCAGAUAGGAAAGAUCAGUCAGAGCCGGUGGAGUCAGUGGAUCCACGGCUAGCCAAGAGCCAGGGCGCCGUGUACUACCGCUACAUGGGCUCCCUCACCACACCACCUUGCACCGAGGGAGUGAUCUGGACGGUUUUCCAGAGGCCCCGCACCGUGGCAAAGUAUCAGCUUGAUCUUCUUAGGGAAGCCGUGGCAGACGGUUAUGAGAACAACGCGAGGCCUAUCCAGAAGCUGAAUAACAGAGAGAUCAGCAUUUUCAUUCCAGAGCCUUAGAAGGACUGGUUGAUGAGCGAUGCAUCGAUGCUUGAUACUGGCGUCAGCUUAGAACAAAUUACAUCUGUUAGUUCUAAAAAUAAACUCGGUCACAUAUGCUAGUUGAUCUAGUAUAAUGUUACACCCACAAUAAUAUAGUUACUGCCCUGUAUCUUUGUCUGACUAAUCUUCCGUCUCUAUUGGCUGCUCUCUACAUUCCAUAUUACAUGCUGUUUUAGCUCUACCCAUAUUCUCAUAUAGAUAAUGAAUAUGGUUUAUAUAUUUUUUUCAGAUUUAUUAGAAUUCAUAUGAAUUUAGACAUGAUCAAAACAUCUUAUAUUAAUGUGAAACAUGAUAAAUAGUUCUGAU